AUGUAAGGUGUGAAGUUAAAGUAGUAGAUAGGAUUGAUCUUAAGAAAAGACUUUGAUGCAAUGCCAUUAAUAAAAUAGUUGAUGGAUCAAUCAUUGAAUUAACCUCUAUUACUUUUAAAUGAUGAAGAAUAAAUGUGGACUUAAAUUUCGAGAGCAAUAGAGAAUUUAAAUCAAAAGAGUCUAAAGAAGUUAAAAUAAAUAGAAGAGAGAGCAGCAAAGAUAGCAGGUUAAGUAGUAGAGUAAUAAGGGGAGGAGGAUUAAAUAGAGAAGUAGGAAUAAUAAGAGUAAGAUGAAGAGGAUGUUAUUGAAUAAGAUGAAUAAUAGGAGUAUAAUGAAGGAGAUGAGGAUGAAUAAGAAAAAGAAAUGGAGUAAGAGUAUGAUGAGGAUGGAGGAAACUUUAGAUUUGAGAAGAAGUAAAAAUAAAAGGAUGAUUUUGAUGAGUUUGAGAAAUAUAUGUAAGAUUAUGAUGAUGGAAAGAUGGGUAAAAUAGAUUUAGAUGAGGAGGAGAAUGAAGAGGAAGAGGAAGAAGAUGAAGAGAAGGAACAACAAAAUGAAGAUGAAGAGAAUAAUGAAGGGUAAGAGAUUAAAUAGAUAGAAUGAUAGGGAGGACUCUGUAUUUGAUGAUAUGAGAGAGGAGGAAUUACAAUAAGAAAAUAAUGAUGUUGAAGAAGAUGAAGAAAUAAAGAAUUUAGAAGAGUAGAGAUUGAAAAAAAAGGAUUGGUAAUUGGUAGGUGAGGUUUAGGGUAGAUAGAGGCCGUUAAAUUCAUUGAUUGAUUAGGAUUUAGAUUUUGAUGUAAAUAGAAAGAUAUUGGAAGAGACAACUCCAGAGUAAUAAAAUAAAUUAAUAGAAAUGAUAAAGUAAAUUAUAUCAUAGAUUAUAUAAUAGAAAGAGAGUUUAAGAUGAAUUAUUUGAUGAUAGAUAGAAGGUUUAGAUAAAUUUGAAUUCUUUAGAGAAGCCAGUUGAUUAAGUAGAUACAAAUAAGUCAUAGUUUGGAUUGGCUGAAUUAUAUGAAAGAUAAUUUAAAUAGGCUUUAGGAUUGCCUACAAAUACAAGUGAAUAGAAAUUGAAAUAAGAAUUAUUCGAAUUAUUUANAAAAUGCAAAUGGAAUAAUUUCUAAUAAAAAAAAUUAUUUUAGGAAGAAUAUAUAAUUUAAUUUUAUAAUUUAAUGUAAGGUGUGAAGUUAAAGUAGUAGAUAGGAUUGAUCUUAAGAAAAGACUUUGAUGCAAUGCCAUUAAUAAAAUAGUUGAUGGAUCAAUCAUUGAAUUAACCUCUAUUACUUUUAAAUGAUGAAGAAUAAAUGUGGACUUAAAUUUCGAGAGCAAUAGAGAAUUUAAAUCAAAAGAGUCUAAAGAAGUUAAAAUAAAUAGAAGAGAGAGCAGCAAAGAUAGCAGGUUAAGUAGUAGAGUAAUAAGGGGAGGAGGAUUAAAUAGAGAAGUAGGAAUAAUAAGAGUAAGAUGAAGAGGAUGUUAUUGAAUAAGAUGAAUAAUAGGAGUAUAAUGAAGGAGAUGAGGAUGAAUAAGAAAAAGAAAUGGAGUAAGAGUAUGAUGAGGAUGGAGGAAACUUUAGAUUUGAGAAGAAGUAAAAAUAAAAGGAUGAUUUUGAUGAGUUUGAGAAAUAUAUGUAAGAUUAUGAUGAUGGAAAGAUGGGUAAAAUAGAUUUAGAUGAGGAGGAGAAUGAAGAGGAAGAGGAAGAAGAUGAAGAGAAGGAACAACAAAAUGAAGAUGAAGAGAAUAAUGAAGGGUAAGAGAUUAAAUAGAUAGAAUGAUAGGGAGGACUCUGUAUUUGAUGAUAUGAGAGAGGAGGAAUUACAAUAAGAAAAUAAUGAUGUUGAAGAAGAUGAAGAAAUAAAGAAUUUAGAAGAGUAGAGAUUGAAAAAAAAGGAUUGGUAAUUGGUAGGUGAGGUUUAGGGUAGAUAGAGGCCGUUAAAUUCAUUGAUUGAUUAGGAUUUAGAUUUUGAUGUAAAUAGAAAGAUAUUGGAAGAGACAACUCCAGAGUAAUAAAAUAAAUUAAUAGAAAUGAUAAAGUAAAUUAUAUCAUAGAUUAUAUAAUAGAAAGAGAGUUUAAGAUGAAUUAUUUGAUGAUAGAUAGAAGGUUUAGAUAAAUUUGAAUUCUUUAGAGAAGCCAGUUGAUUAAGUAGAUACAAAUAAGUCAUAGUUUGGAUUGGCUGAAUUAUAUGAAAGAUAAUUUAAAUAGGCUUUAGGAUUGCCUACAAAUACAAGUGAAUAGAAAUUGAAAUAAGAAUUAUUCGAAUUAUUUAGAGAAUUAUGUUAUAAAUUAGAUUCUUUAACUAAUUUAAAUUUCGAACCUAGAGGAUAUGUAAAAUAGGCAGAAGUUUAGGUUUUGGAUAAUAAUGUAGUAUAGAGAGAGGAGAAAGUGCCAAUAACAGGAAGAGGUGAGUAGAUGGAGGAUGUAGAGAAAAUAAAGAAGACAGGGUUUUUAUCUAAGGAAGAAGCUGAUCAUUAAUUGAAUAAGAAGGGUAGAAGAAUGGCUAAAUAGAGAAAAAGAAAUAGAGAGAGAGAAAAGAGAAGAAGUGGAUUAAUUAAGAAGUUAGAAAGUAGAGGAGAGACUAAAUUUAUGUAUAAUUAACAUCAGUAAGGAAAGAAACAGAUGAGUUUCAUUAAGUAAUAAAAAAAUAAGGAAAGUGUUAAAUUUGAUAAGACUAGCACAUUUUUUAAGAAUUUAUAAGAAAGUGGAGUAAAUAAAUAAGGAAAAGAUAAUAAAAAUAAGAAAAUAGGAGAUAUAUAAGGAGGAGGAGAUAAUAUAAAGAGUAAGUCUAAACAGAUAAAAAAGUAAUGA